AUGAGAGCAAAAGCGUGCAUUCGCUGCCGGCAGUGGAAAGUGGGUUGCGAUGCAGAUGUUGCUGGGCCCGACGGUUGUACUCGCUGCCGCAGCGUCAACACGAAGUGUGUCUUCGGGGCUAACUUUCGACGGACCCCUAAACGGCGGAUGCUGGCUGAGUUGCAAGAUGAGGUGACUCGAUUGAGGGCGUUGACCUCCGUGUUGACGACCGAAGCACCGGUUGGCGAAAGUCCCACAACCUCGUUGGAAACCAAUGCGUCCUCGUCUUGGGGAGCUGACAACACCUCGACAGCCAUUGUCGCCGUACCGUCCAUCCAGCAACCCAUCAUCCCGGGUCCAAAUCUGUGUUACAAGGCCAACAACAGCCAACUCCAUCUGACAGCCACACAGGCCAAUGAGUUAUUCCGCAUCUAUUUCACCAGAUGUCACCCAUAUCUUCCUUUUCACAUGUGUCGGUCAGUCGAGACCGUCUACGAUCGCUGCCAACUUCUCUUCUGGGUUAUUUGUGCUGUGGCCUCCACGGAUACUGCACGUCCCCAGCUUGCAGAGAUCGUGCGUGAUCAGGUUUCCAGUGUGCUGGACCCGAACAACGGCUCGGUCGAGGUAGUUCAGGCCCUCCUGAUUCUUUCUCUGUGGCCGUUUCCCUUCAAAUCGCAGAGAUCAGACCCAUCUUUUAUGUAUGGCGCUCUUGCCUGCCAGAUCGCGCUGCAAAUCGGGCUACCCCGGCCAGCUGUCACAUGUCCCGAAUCCAUCAAUGCCAAUGCAACAAAUGAGGACCAGGAGGUGCGCACCACGACGUGGAUUGGAUGCUUCGUCGUCAACCAGAUCCUGGCAAGUAGGCUGGGCGUUCCGGCAACCAUCUUCGCCGACUAUGCGCUCCUUUCCUCACUGGACGAUCCCUCUGUCUCGCCGCAGCUCUCUCAUCUCUGUUCAAUCUCCCAUCUGACCGUGGAAUCAGCUCAUGCUAUCGGCGCACGCGCCGUCAACAUUUCAGGCCUCGCAGACCCGAUCCCGCGGAUAAGUCUGAUCAACAUUUUCGCCCAGCAGUUUGACGAACUGCGAAAAACUCGACUCCCCAACCCGAGCGACAUUGAAGAAAUCUUCUUCCUCAGCUCCAUGCUCCAGCUCUGGUCGUUUGCCCUGCACAACGACGUCCCCAUCUCGCCGGACACAUUCUACAUCGUCCAGCGCGCGAGACAAGAUGCCAUCCGCCUGAUCCAACUGGCAUGUGAGAAGAACCUCUGUCUGGUCCCGUUCUACACCUACCGCUCCGUCUGCUUCGCGGCUCUGCUUCUGUAUCACAUAAAACUCAGUCCCUACGGCGUCAGCGACGAGCUCCUCGACGAUCAAAUCGCGAGGGCACAGCAGGCGCUCCAGUCAAGAACGGGCCCGGACCUCGCGCAGUUCUUGAAAACGUUGACAUCGCCGGAGAAUCGGGACGAGUUCAUCGCACGAAGGGACAAGAACUCUUCGCACAGAUGGAAGAUGGGCGCCGCUCUGACGUUUGAUUCGGCCCACGCUUAUGCCAAUCUAACACGAUCCGAUGCACUUUUCUUUCCCGAGCUGUUGGACCUUGAUGGAUUUCUAUUUGAGAACCCAACCACCAUGUUGGAGUAA